AUGGAGCAGUGGCAGUGCUUCAGUUGUGUGUCCAUCUUCCUAACAGCCGCUAUUUUAUUACUGCUUUACACAGCUUAUGAAUUACUGGGACGAAAAACGACGGUGGGAAAUUUGCGACAGAAAGCGGUACUCAUCACAGGAUUCGGCAAGGAACUAGUGAUACGAUGUCUUCAGAACGGUUUCACAGUUUUUGCUGGCUGUCACCGAGAAUGUAGUGUGAAUGAACUGGUGGAAAGCUGUGGUAUCAGCCGGGGCAAGCUAUAUGCAUUCCAAAUGGAUGUAUCCGAUGAGAGCAGCGUACUGCAAUCCCGACAUCUUGUACAGCGCGUUCUCAAGGAAAGCGAUUUGGUUUUGCAUGCUGUGGUGAACAAUGCAGGCGUGCGUGGAAACCAUUUUUACGAUGAUUUUCUGACACUCGAUGAUUACAAAGCGGUAUGGGAAGUAAAUGUUUUUGGGGCUAUUCGAGUCACACAAGUUUUCCGGGAUCUUAUCAAGCAAUCGAGAUGCUUUCAUGAAGUUCUAGAAAUUGUUGUAAGCCCUCCUACAUCCUAUUUUACAAAUGCUCGAAUACAGAUUUGUCAUCUCUUCGAGUAA